CAGGACUCUGCGGAACCCUCCGGGACCCUCCAGGACUCCCACAGGAAUAUGGACCCCAAGCGCCUCUCCUCAAGCUCUCAGCAACAGGUUCGGCUCAGGCAAAAGAGGACAAAGAGAGAAUGGAGACCGCUGGAGGACCGGAGCUGCACAGACCUGCCCUGGUUUCUGCUCUUCACCGUCUUCUGCGUCGGCAUGGGCAGCAUCUGCGGGUUCACCAUCGUCACCGGCGGCGCCGCUCGCCUCGUCUUCGGAUAUGACAGCUAUGGCAACACUUGCGGCCAACGAAAUGAACAGAUUGAAGGCGUCAGGCUGAGUGGCCUCGACCACACGGACAGGAAGUUUGUUUUCUUCCUGGAUCCCUGUAACAUCGACAUUGUUCAAAGGAAAAUCAAGUCGAUGGCUCUUUGUGUGUCUCUGUGUCCCACAGAGGAGCUGAAGACCUACCAGGACCUGAAGAGGUUCGCUAUGGUCAAUGGUUCUGAGCUGUGCUCCUAUGAGUUAGCAGCUCAUAGAUAUCCUGUUCUCGAACAGAGGACCACUAAAUGCCCCAAACUACCUGUUCCACCCAGUAAACCGCUGCCCGUGUUUAAUCGCUGCACUCCGGUGGACAUCUCCUGCUACGCAAGGUUUGCUGAGGCUGUGGUGACGUUUGUCGGGGAUAACAGUGUUCUGCACCGACUGAUCGCUGGCGUCGCUGCCAGUAAAGAGAUCAUCAUCGGACUUUGUGUCCUCGCACUGUUCCUCUCCAUGAUCCUCAUGGUGAUCAUUCGUUACAUCUCUGCUGUCCUCGUCUGGAUCCUCACCUCACUGGUUGUCCUUGGAUCCCUUGCGGGGACUAGUGUGCUCUGGUGGCUCUACAUUGACUACCGGCUAUACGGGAACGACACUUCCUCUAAAGUACUGAAGGAAGCGAAGGAGGAGGUGGAGGUCACCAGAGAUAGCGGACAGGCACUACUUGUCUAUGCCGUUGCUGCCACUGUAUUCACUAUCAUCCUUCUGCUGCUGAUGCUCUUCAUGAGGAAACGAGUAGCUCUGACCAUCGCUCUGUUCCACGUAGCAGGAAAAGUCUUCAUACACCUCCCCCUCCUCACCCUGCAGCCCUUUGUCACCUUCUUUGCCCUCCUGCUCUUUUGGAUCUACUGGAUCCUGGUCCUUCUCUUCUUGGGAACCACCGGUAACCCCGUACAGAACGAGGAGACGGGGCUGACGGAGUUCAGACUGACCGGUCCUCUUCAGUACUUGACCUGGUACCAUGCUGUGGGCCUGGUCUGGAUCAGUGAGUUCAUCCUGGCCUGUCAGCAGAUGACUGUGGCCGGUGCUGUGGUCACGUACUAUUUCACAAGGGACAAGAACCGACUCCCAGUGACUCCAAUCCUGUCCUCAGUCCUGAGGCUGGUCCGGUACCACCUGGGCACAGUUGCGAAAGGAUCCUUCAUCAUCACACUGGUCAAGAUCCCACGACUCAUCCUCAUGUACAUCCAUAAUCAGCUCAAAGGAAAGGAGAAUGCGUGCGCUCGCUGUAUGCUGAAAACUUGUAUCUGUUGUCUGUGGUGUUUGGAGAAGUGCCUCAACUAUCUCAAUCAGAAUGCAUAUGCAGCCACAGCCAUCAACAGCACCAGUUUCUGCACGUCUGCACGUGAUGCCUUCGUGAUCCUGGUAGAAAACGCGCUGCGAGUCGCCACAAUAAACGCCAUUGGAGACUUUGUGCUCUUCCUGGGGAAGAUCCUGAUUGUGACGACGACGGCGUUCGCUGGAGUCCUCCUCCUGAACUACCAGCGGGAUUACGCAGAGUGGCUGCUGCCGCUCAUCAUCGUGUGUCUUUUCUCCUUCCUGGUGGCCCACUGCUUCCUGUCCAUCUUUGAGAUUGUGGUGGACGUCCUCUUCCUCUGCUUCGCCAUUGAUACAAAGUACAACGACGGCACUCCAGGGAAGGAGUUCUUCAUGGACAAAGCUCUGAUGGAGUUUGUGGAGAGCAGCCGGCGGUUGGAGCGUGCUGUGGAACGUGGGCGGAGUCGGGUGAAGGAAGUGGCAUCAGAAGGGGCGGAGAUCAAGCCCAUGAUGUUUGCUCCUGGUAGAGUGAGACGAAUUAAAAACCAGAAACCAGGUGGUUGUCACAUCCUGUAUGUUUGUCCUUCAGCGACCCCCAACAAUCAACCAAAGAAAAACUGCAGAGAAACAAAAAACAACCAAAUCUAGAAGCGCAGCAACAACAGAGAGAUGCAAAGGACCACUCCAGCUCUUGUAGGUUUGUGCAGAUUGUGUUUCAGUUUGUGAAAAAUCCCCAGUAUUUUGUCACAGUAGUAACAGCACUGGAAAAAUAGCUGUGGUGGAUACACUUUACCCUGAAUCGCUUCUAAAAGUUUUGCAGAGUAGUUUAAGGAUAGCUUUUCCACUCUGGAGCCAAACAGCUAAAAUGGCUAUUUUAACUGUUAUAACACCAGUUCAUUGUAAUACCGUAACGUCAAAAGCCUACAACUUUAAGAAAGAGGUCCAACAAUCAGACAAAACUUUUAUGAACAGCACUUGGAGAUGAUGGAGAGGAAGAACUCCCUUUUAACAGGAAGAGACUGCCAACAGAACCAGGCUCAGGGAAGGAUGGACUGUCUCGAUCAGUUGGAGGUUAUUUGGCAGCUUCUAGGCUAAUCUUUUACAAAUAUAACACCAAGGUCCUUCAGUUAGUCUUACAGUGAAGCCAAUUUUGCCUAAAAACUAUCAUUGUUUUGCUAAUGGUUGCUCAGUUUAGGAUUUAUGCCAGGAGGUCGUCCUUUGGUGGCAAUAGCUACAUAGAUCUUACAAGUGUUUGUAGACAAAGUGGUGGUUAAAGGUGAUGCUAUCUGGAAACUACUGCUUGUAUGAAGCCAGAUAUCAGAAUGUAAGAUAUAGUAAAUGGUGCUGUAGUACUCGAGGAAAGGGGUUUUACCACAACAUUUACCCCUUUUAGCUCUAAGUCCAUAGGGCCCCAUUUAUUCUAAGCAUCCCCAUGAGCGUCCCCAUGAAACAGGAUCCCCAGAGAUUGGAACUCUCAUGGAAAUAAGGGACCAACUGAAGAAUUGUUACACCCCUAAUAAUGAUGGUGAUAAUAAUGAUAAUAAUAUUAAAAACUUUUAAGUGAGUAACUUAGUGAGAAAAACUAGGAAAUAAGCAAACCCUGCUCCAGCUAUGUGGACCUGACUCACCUUCAUCUCCCAUUAUGCUCUGCUCUCUCGUCCAUACCCUGUGUGACUGCCUGUAAUGUGUAAUGACUUGUGUUAACCAUAUGACCGUUUUGCUGUUUCAGGCUCCGGGGACGAGUUCAGCUUGACCAAAAUCAGCCAAUGGGACUUGUUAAAAAGAGACAUUCCAAAUGUUUAUUUUUACCAACGUGUAACAUGUUUACUAUGGUUUCACUCCAGGGAAAACAAUAUUUUAAUAAGAAACUGUAAAAAAGUAACAAUGUAAUGAAGCACUUUAUAUUGAAGCGCUGCAGAUUUUAAACCGGCUGAUGCAUUUUUUUCGUAGUGAUGUCCUUUUUUAUAAAACUCACCCCAACUCAUCGCUCACUCUUCAGUUCCUAACAGUUUUCAGCCACUUUUCCGUUUUUUGUCUUAACUUUUGUUUUGGAGACGACCCGCGCAUCGCGGAAAACAGCUCGUCAACCAAGUCAUCAAAGGGACGGGGCCUGUGGACAGGCGGAACAGCAGCCAUAAAACUCCAUUUAUUUGGUGGACGAGAUCUGUCCAGGUCAUACCGAGGCUGUCAGACUCUAUGUGGGAUGGAUCACCACGAGUGUGCGUUUUUUGUUUUUUCUACCGUAGUUACUGCUACAACCUGCAAGGUGUGGGUCAUGAGACCAGUUAUGUGACUCCUUAAUGCAGCACCUUCAGUUUGCUGAAGCCUGAAGUUCUCCUGCAGCUAGGAAGGACAACAGAGCUUGUGGAGAAGACGGGGUUAGUGGCUCUUUUUUAAAUCCACCAGACUUGUUUGACAAAAACAGGGAUUUUUUUAACACUGAAAAUGAGUGUUAUUGACCUAUUUGUGUGACUUUUGCUUUUUAAUGCAUUAGUUUAGGUCCGAAUUAAUGCAUUAUAACACCAAAGUAGCACAAUAUUACAAACUAUUCAAUUGUGGCAACAGUAGAUGAGUAACUCCUGUGUUCUUUGAGGUAAAAUUACUGUUUUGAUGAAUGGGGUCUGGUGGAGUGUAACAGCUUCAGUUACUUGUUUAAGAAAAGCUGUUUAAUAUGGGUAAAGUGGAGAAAAUCUUGUGUACAUAGCAGCUCAUGGUUCUUGUUUGUGCAUCUGCUUGUGGGCGUGGCCUUCUGCCACCCACUGCAGAUAACAUAUUGACUGUGAACAGUGGAAAAUAAUUUUAAAAGGUUUCCUGACUGAUAAAUCAAUACAUUUGAAAUCACGCUCUUUUUAAAAAAUAUCAAUCAGUCAUUUCAAACACCAAGAUAUGUAUUGUGCAUUGCCUAAACAUAUCAGGACAGAAUCUUUGAUGCAUAUCAGACCUAUAAAUAGCCUAUAGAAAACUGUCUCCAUCAGUCACAUGACUCUCACCUCGUAGGCUGUAACAAUCAGCCGAGUCCCCUUGUGGUCGGGGCUCAAAAUGGUUUACUGGCGUCAGAGACGGAUGCUCCAACAAACAAUCACCCGGAUCCCACUUCCUGUCCAGAGCCGAAACCGCCGUCUCUGAAACGGCCACAAAUCAAAUUGUUGUUUCCAUUGAGAAGACGGUGGGAGAUGUGACGGCUGAGUUCAGUCAGCAAUAAAAAAAACUGCAUCAUGUGACCACAUCAACAACGACAACAAGUCUUCCUGCUUCCUUUUGUUCAACAUGUUCCAGGUUCAAUGAUUAAUUUCGCCUCAGGCAGGAAGUCCGACCAAUGGCUCGACUGUCAGAGGUUUAAUCUCCUUUUAUUGUUCAACAAGGCAACUCAUUGGGCAACCUGAGAAAGAAAGGUUGCCCAAAAUGUGAGUUUGAGUUAUCAGAAUGUCUUGAGUCAAGUGCUGAAGAAAGUGAAACUUUUGAUUUGAGAGCAACGGUGCUGCCGAGGAAACUGCUCUCCUGGUUGGCCAACAUGUUGCCUUGUUGCACUGCAGGUUAAGCUGUGUGUGAGGCUGAAUCCAAGCGUCCUUCCUUCAGACUGAAAUACAGACUUAACCCAGAUAGCAAACAUGUCUGGCCUUAUCUGGGCACUUUGGGGACCUACAGUUCAGUUAUGUUGUGUAGACUGAACACUCCUAUAUCAUCCCAAAUCCUAAAUCAUUAUGAUGAUCUGCACAUGAGUACCUCCCAUUGGAAACCAGGUUCAAAAUGGAGGGAAAUUAAUAAAGGUUUAGAACCUAAUUAGUGCUGCAAAUAAAAUCCUAAAAUUUCCCUCACCAAAACUGAAGCUCAGAACAUUUGGACAGUCAGUUAGUACAGAAACCUCACAGCAGCCAUAUUAUUGGUCAGAUAAUUGCAAAAAAAUGCUUCAACAAACAUGGUGCAGAGGUCCAGUUCUAACUCCAGUUACUUGAGGUGAAGCCUAGCAGACAGCUAGCCGCUACAGUCAGCUGUAUCACUAUCCAGCUGUCAGUCAAAUAGACCACACCCCUAAUUAUGCAAACUUCAAGCCUUAAUAUAAUUUAAAGAGGUGAGUUAUAAAAACAUUCUUGACCUGUAGACGUGUUAUGAAGGUGUAAAUUAUCUAUAGAGACAAAAAACGUUUUUAUAUAAACUGUAAACAUGUUUAUUUCUGCUGUAAAGUUUUAACAUGGGGGUUUAUGGGGACUGACUCACUGCUGGAGCCUCCGGUGGAUGUUAGAGGAACUGCAGCUUGUGGGCACUUUACCAUUUGCAUCAGUGGAAACAGCAACUUUCAUUCACAUUAUUCAAGAAAUGUUGCCUUUACAAGCUGUUUACAGUAAACUGAAGCUGAAGGUGUUUCCAUGGAGACAUCCUAAGGAUGAAGUCUGGAGUUUGGACGUUCUCUGGGUUCAGUCAGUUUAAAGUUUGUUGUGUUCAAACAUCGACCUGCUGACAUGUUUCUGGUCUGAGUCUGUGACGAUGAACAUCUGUGUGCAGUUUAACACUUUUUGUUCCUGAGAUGUUAAUGGGCGCAGCUGAUUGGCUCCGACCGGCGGUGUUUAGGCUGCGACUGUUCCCAUCAUGCACCUUGUCUCUGCCAAACACCUUCACUUUGACAGAUAAACCGCUCAGAGAGGCCAAACUGAGGAGCGUCUCCUCCAAACAAAAACAAAACAACCCGACAGAUUCACAAGCUGUUGUGGAAAAUCUCUCCGUGUGCAGAAAACUGGACCUCAGUCUGACAUUCAGCUUUCAAUUAUUAAGCGCAUGUGUGUGAAAAAGCAGCGAGGCCGUGGUCGCCGCACUCGAUGCUCUGAGCAUGUUAACUAAUUGCACUAAAGAUGGAGUUCAUUCAUCACUGACGUCCGUUUGAAUUAGCUGUAAAGUAUUUUAGAUGAACAGUGUUCGUAGCUCAGAUAUUACCACACACACUUACACUCUCUCACACACACAUUUAUUCAUGUUUAAACGUCCCAAAAAGAAAAAACUAAGAGCAAUCAAAGGAAAUAUUUAACUCCUGCUAUUCAGAUACACUUAGAUUAGUUUGGACCAUGUGACUGCUGUCGCCGGGCAGAUUAAUUUGACUGCAGAUUAACCUGGAACUGAGAAGUUUCAUUCCAACAUCAGAAAAGUCUGAUCAUUUCAAGUAUUCAGUUAGAAUUUGUACAGACACUUAUAUACAGGACUCAAAUCAAUCAGUGUGAUUGGAAUAAUGACAAAAACGAGAUUGAAAACAAACGUGGUGAUAUAAAAACAGUAAAAUCCUCAUCAGGCUUUAAGUGGUGUGUCUCCUAAAACACAAACAGACUUCACUUUGGGGUAUUUUUGUCCAGACAUCUCUACAGAAUUGUUUUAAUUAAGAAACUUUAGAGGGUUUUCUGGCGUGACUGGCCUGUUUAAGGACUUUAUGUGAAAAUCAUAAACUAACAAAGCAAAUUUGUUAUUUAUUUAACUCUAUUUCUUCUUGGAAUGAAACAUUUCAGCUCCACUUCCUUGUCUGCUGAUUAAUUGUACGUUUCAUUUACCAUUAUCCAUCCAGUCGGCACGCAGAGGUCAAGCUGCUGCUGAAGGUAUAGGGUCAGCAGGUGAGCUGUGGGUUAGUGACACUCCAAUCAGAAUCUUUGUAUCGACUGACUUAUGCAGCGUUGUCAUAAUCAGACUGCUUUUUUUUUUUCAGUGGAUCUUAUUGUAUUUUUUUAUUUAAACACAGGGUGCAUCUAACUUUAAGGUCAAAUCUGUCAAAUUUGCAUAAAGAAAACAGCUUUUAAAAAAAAGAAGCAUCAGUUUGAAAUCACACAGGUAAAAACACAAAACACAAAUUUAAGGCUGAUUUAAGUCAAAUUCUGUCUCGUCUCAGAAGGUAAAGAAUGUUUCCAAAACCUGAACUGAGCCCCAGAUCUGUCACAAACGUGACCUGGUGUUUGUGAUGUUUCAGCUGCUUGUAGCUCAGUGAGAUUUAGGUUACAGCCUAUGUGAAAACAUUUCACCUCUUCUUUAAAAUAAAGUAUAAAAACUUCAUCGUUACUGGAGGGUUAUCAGGUUGCAUCUCGUCUUUCUACUUUAAGAAGUUUAGAAUGGGUUAGCUUUGAGUCUCGACAAAUUUGACCAAACUCACAAAAACUAUCCAAAUACAAAGUAAAUUUCAUGUAUGUUUUUUUUUUUUUUUUACUUCACAACAUUGUUUCAGUUCAUCACCAUUAUUUUUUCCCAAAGAUUUGCUUUAUGUAUUUCAGUUAACUAAAGUGUUUUUUCAGGCUUUAGUAAUUAUAAUAAGUGGUCUGAACAGGAGGUGGGUGGGGCUACUGUGCCCUACGUCAUACAGCUUCAAAAGAGGAAAACAACUCUUUGAAUCUAAGCCUUUAGAGUGGCAACCUGAGCUUUUGGCUCACAGGGAUUACUUGAGAAAUUCUUUAUUUGAAACCUGUUCAGUAUGACAGGAAAUAACUAAAAGCAGAAGAGCAGAUGUAUUCAGGAUGACUUCCUCUUGUUUGAUAAGAUAAGAUAAGAUAGAACUUUAUUAAUCCCUCGGGUGGGUUCCUCUGGGAAAUUCGAUUUAAUCCCUCCUUUGAGCUGGUUCUUUGAGUUUGUGUGACCAAGGUUUUAGGUGGUCAGUAGUAUUUCACAGAACCUGAAGAGGACGGUUAACCUGCCCCCGUUUCUGCAUGCCGCUCUUCAGGUGUGAUAUCAUAUCUUUGGUAUUUGGAGAUCUCGGCAGUCACAGCUAAAAUGGUCUUAUUUAUUCUCCUGUGAAGUUUAUAGGUCCAUUUGUCAGAGCCUUGAAGUUGUUUCUUGCUUUUUACCCCUCAGCCAUAAAAGGUUCACCUUUUAGUGACCUGAACUUCAAUGUGAAGGUCAGAGGUCAAGUUUUCUGAAAAUGUUGUCGUAGGUGCAUCUGCUAGGAGGCUGGGGGUAGCACUUAAAACUUAACAACAUUUUAAUAACAUGUUUGCAUAUUCUCUCCCGAUUAUUAACAUCUCAACCCAGACUACUCUGAUAU